UUAAUGCAACCACUCCAAAUCUUGUAACUAUAACUAACUAUCUAUCUAACCCACUCAUUUAUAAAAAUCUCAAUCUCCCCUUAUAAACUUAGUGUAUCAUACAAAUACUAAACCUCACUAGCUACUAACAUAUAAAGAAAAAUGGCCAAGAAUCUUGCACUCCUUAACCUAUUCCACCUCUUCUUCCUCUUAAGCUAUGCAAAAAUGGAUUCAAUAACUUUCUUCAUGCAUGAUAUCUUAGGUGGAUCAACCCCUUCUGAGAGAAUUGUUGCUGGUGCCAUCACCAACACACAAACCACUAAGAUUCCAUUCUCAAAACCAAAUAACAGGAUCAUACCAAUGAAGGGUAGCAUACCAAUUGUUGAUGAUAGUUCUAGCAUUGUUUAUGCUUCACCAACAACAGUGAUGGUAAAAGACACUGGAAAAAACAAGGUGAUUAUUGACAAGAACAACAAUAAUAAGAAUGUUCCUUAUGUGAAACCAAAUCAACUUCCAUUAGGAGAGAAUCUCUUGUUUGGAAGAAUAACAGUGAUUGAUGAUGAGAUUACAAAAGGGGUUGAGUUGGGGUCAGAGGUUAUUGGAAAAGCACAGGGCUUUCAUGUGGCUACUUCAUUGGAUGGAAGUAGCAGAACAAUGGCAUUCACAGCCAUAUUUCACAAUGAAAAAGAUGAUCAAGAAGAAGAAGAAGAUGGUGUUAGUUUCUUUGGUGUGCACAGAACAGCAGCACAAGAAUCAUAUCUUGCUGUUGUUGGAGGGACAGGAAAAUAUUCAAAUGCAAAAGGGUAUGCAAAGAUUCAGACACUACUUCCUCCAUCAAUUGAUCAAUACAUUACUAAUGGGGUUGAAACACUUCUUCAGAUUACUGUUUACCUAAGUUGGAUAUAGUUAAAAUGUUUAUUUCUUUAUUUUUUCUACUGGAUAGAAUAAGAAACGAACAUAUAACAGAUAUAUAAGAGAGUGAGUUGAAGUAACACCUAUUAGAAUAUAAUUAGGAUCAAUUAGUAUUAUUUAGCA